GCCUCUGAUGUCAAGUGAAACACCAACCUUCUUGUCAAGACUUGCCACUGCUUACUCAUUUUACUCUCUACUGCUUGAAGAUUUCUGUUUCUCCUGUCUAACGACUAUUACACGCGAAGCUUUGUGUGUUUCUCAAGCAUAGACAUCGCAUUUUCAGCAUAUAGCCGGCCAGAAUGUCCGUCGAGGUCCUCACGACCAUCUCACCCACGACAAACGAACCCAUCCUCACCAGGAAUGGCGUCUCACAAGCCGAGUUGGACGAGCUCCCAAAUGUUGCAACCGAAGCCUUCCAGACCUGGCGCAAGACACCACUCGCCGAUCGUCAGGGCAUAGUCAGGAAAGCCUUGAGGCUUCUGGCCGAUAAGAAGGAUGACCUCGCCGAAGAACUUGCCGUGCAGAUGGGCCGCCCCGUUGCGUAUGGCGGGGCAGAGGUUCUGACAGCCAUCAAGCGUGCCGACUACCUCCUCAAGGUCAGCGACGAGGCACUACAAGAUACCGACGGCGAGCCGGAAAAGGGAUUCAAGCGCUUUAUCCGGAAAGUUCCUGUCGGGCCGGUCCUCGUCAUCUUUGCUUGGAACUAUCCUUACCUUAUCUUGGUCAACUCGCUCAUUCCAGCGCUGUUGGCGGGGAACACGGUCAUCCUGAAACCGUCGCCACAAACACCCACCGUCGUCGAGCGAGUAGCUGAGGUUUUCGCCGAAGCCGGCCUGCCCACUGGUGUGCUCCAGUACUUCCACGCCGGCUCGCCGACGCAGAUCGAGACCAUCGUGCGCAACCUGAAAGUCAAGCUGGUGGCGUUCACGGGCUCGGUAGCCGGUGGGCUGGCGGUGCAGAAAGCCGCGGCGGACCGGAUCGUGCACGUAGGGCUCGAGUUGGGAGGGAAAGACCCUGCCUACGUGCGGGCGGACGUGGACGUCGCAUGGGCGGCGGGCGAGAUCGUCGACGGGGCCGUGUUCAACUCGGGCCAGAGCUGCUGCGCUAUCGAGCGGGUGUACGUGGACGAAGCGAUUCACGACGACUUUGUCGCGGCGGCGCAGGAGGUGCUGCGCGGCUACCGACUGGGCAGCCCGUUCGACAAGGCGACGCAGGUGGGGCCGGUGGUCUCGCGGCGGGCGCGGGAGGCGAUCGAGGCGCAGAUCAAAGACGCGCUGGAGCGGGGCGCCCAGGAUGCCACGCCGGAGAGCGAGACAUUCGCGAACCUGCCUCCCAAGGGUAACUUUGUCAAGCCUACGCUGCUGACGGGCGUGGACCACGGGAUGGCGGUGAUGCGGGAGGAGACGUUCGGGCCGGUGAUCCCCGUGAUGAAGGUGCGGGGGGAUGCCGAGGCGGUGCGGCUCAUGAACGACAGCGAGUUUGGACUUACGGCCAGUAUCUGGACCAAGGAUACGGAGAAAGGAUAUGAGCUGGCGGAGGAGGUCGAGGCCGGCACAGUUUUCGUCAAUAGGGCAGAUUAUCCCAGCCCGGUGAGUAGAGUGUCCCUUGGUUCCCUUACCAGUCGCCCCGGCCCCAUCACCGCUCGCGGGAAUGAGGAAAUUCGUUGGAAUGAGAACUAACGUGGGAUGUUUCUCUUAGGACCUCGC